AUGGCGUCAAAUUGUGUCCGAAAUGUCCUCAUCAACACCCUACAGGCUGGUGCCAUACCCAACCAUGUUGCAUUCAUCAUGGAUGGCAACCGACGCUAUUCAAAGAUUCAUGGCAUGACAAUUGCAGAAGGACUAUUUCGGGGGUCUCAAGCCAUGACAAAGACCGUGGAAGGCUGUUUUAUGUUAGGUAUACCAGUCGUCACAGUCUAUACAUUCAGCAUUGAAAACUUCAAACGACCAAAGGAGCAAAUCGAACCGGUUAUGGAGGUACUUAAAGAUUUAUUCAUCGAGUAUGCUCAGCCAGGGGGGCUAUUAGAGCGAUAUCAAUGCUCGAUCAAGGUGCUAGGUCGAUUGGACUUGCUUGGCGACGAUAUAAAGGAAACAAUCGACAUUGUCGUGAAAAGAUCUUGCCGCCAAACAACGAGAUUUCUAAACGUGUACCUGGCAUAUACUUCGCGUAAUGAAAUUGCUCGUGCAGUGCGAGUGUCAGCAGAAGAAUGUUGUCGGGGAAAGAUUUCUCCCUCAGAUAUCACUGCCCAGUCACUGGCACGUCGAAUGUAUGCAGUCGAUGAUCCUCCAGUGGAUAUUCUUGUUCGGACAUCGGGAGUCCAUCGAAUGAGUGAUUUUCUACUCUGGCAAUGCCAUCGGGAUACUGAUAUUCAGUUUGUGGAUCCACUCUGGCCGGAGUUUGGCAUAUGCGAUCUUUUCUUUGUUAUUGUUCGCUGGCAAAGGAGCAAACGCCGUGUGGAAUUACAUACACCAAACAUAGGCGUCCUCUUGACUUGCUUUAUCUGUGUUGUCAUGUCGUUAUUACCAUUGUUCUAUUUUCUAUGA